AUGGACCAUAUUGCAUUAACCAUGGAACGUCAGGAGCUGGGAGACGUCGUUCCCAAAGACAACAACCACAUUAGAAAGAUCCUGUCACAGCUGGACCAGGACCUGCAGGAGUUUGAAGAGAUGUUUGAGCAGAGAUCUGAGACUCCGUGGCUUUGUGGCAACUCUCAGAGCGAGGCGGACCUCCCACAGUCCACCUGGUCCACCUGCGGGACACAGACUGAGACCUGGUCCACCUGCGGGACACAGACUGAGACCUGGUCCUCCUGCGGGACACAGACUGAGACCUGGUCCACCUGCGAGGGUCAGACACAGACUGAGACCUGGUCCACCUGCGAGGGUCAGACACAGACUGAGACCUGGUCCACCUGCGGGACACAGACUGAGACCUGGUCCACCUGCGAGGGUCAGACACAGACUGAGACCUGGUCCACCUGCGGGACACAGACUGAGACCUGGUCCACCUGCGGGACACAGACUGACCCCUGGUCCAACUGCGGGACACAGACUGAGACCUGGUCCACCUGCGAGGGUCAGACACAGACUGAGACCUGGUCCAACUGCGGGACACAGACUGAGACCUGGUCCACCUGCGGGACACAGACUGAGACCUGGUCCACCUGCGGGACACAGACUGAGACCUGGUCCACCUGCGAGGGUCAGACACAGACUGAGACCUGGUCCACCUGCGAGGGUCAGACACAGACUGAGACCUGGUCCACCUGCGAGGGUCAGACACAGCCUGAGACCUGGUCCACCUGCGAGGGUCAGACACAGACUGAGACCUGGUCCACCUGCGAGGGUCAGACACAGACUGAGACCUGGUCCACCUGCGAGGGUCAGACACAGACUGAGGACCACAAAGACCUACAUGUCAAAGAGGCAGAGUUAAAGGCAGAGUUGGAGCUAGCAAGAGAAAAGUUAGCGAAGAAGGAGACAGAGCAUCAGGAGGUUUGUGCAAAACUGAUGCAGCUGCAAAGUUUGAAUCACAGUCUGGAGAAAGAUCUGGAACAAGCCAACAACAACUCUCGUAGACAUGAGUCCGAGCGUCAGGAGGCCUGUGAGAGACUGAGAGAGCUGCAACUUUUACAUGAGAAAGUCUGUACGGAGCACUUUGAGGAGCUGAAAAGUGUAAAUCAGUGUUUGGAACAGCAGGUCUCUGUUUGCAAAAGUCUAGAGAAACAGAAAAGUGAGAAUGCGAUUCAAAGAGAGAAGAUUGAGACACUCGAACGCCAACUCCAGGACUUUGAAGAGCUGAAAGAGAAGUACUCUUGGUCCGUUAAUCAGAAUCAAAGUCUGGAGAGAGAGUUUAAGGAGCACCAGGAGGAGCUGAAAAUGGUAAAUCAGUGUUUGGAAGAGCAGGUCUCCGUUUGCAAAACUCUGGAGGAACAGAUGAAGGAGAAUUCGAUCCAAAACAAGAGGAUUGAGAUUCUGGAACAUCAGCUCCAGGAGUUUGAAGCGUUGAAAAAGGAGUUUUCUUGGUCUGUUAAACAGAAUCAGAGUCUGGAGAAAGAGUUGGAACGAACCAAAGAAAUCUCAUGUAAACAUGAGCCAGAACGUAAAGAGGCUUGUGAGAUUAAUGAGACUGCAAAUCAAUGCAAGAAGAUUGAGAUGCUAGAACGCCAACUCCAGGAGUUUGAGCAGAUCAAAGAGAAGUAUUCUUGGUCUGUCCGACAGAACCAAAGUCUGGGGAGAGAGUUGGAACAAGCCAAAGAAACCUCACGGAAACAUGAGGCUGAACUUCAGGAGGCUUGUGAGAAGUUGGUAGGACUAAAACUGUCACAGAAGAAGGUGCUUGAGGAGUACCUCGAGGGGCUAAGAGUUUUCAAGAAGAUGUUUAAGGAGCAGGACGAAGUUCGCAAACAGUUGGUGCGACAAAUUAGCGAGAAGGACCUCCAGGAGAAGCCGUGUAUGUGUCAAACUGUAGCUAGCACAGAGACGCUAACAGAUUUACAAGACGUGAGAGAGGAGAACUCUACGUCCAAUGUCCAAACAAUAAGGACCUUUUUGGAGGAACCGCAGACGAGUGCAGACGGGCCCAGACCUCAGAGUUGGAAGGAUGAUUGCACAAAGAGAAAGGUGAAAAAUCUGACACAGUUAUUUGAGGGUAAACCUAAGCAGGACAAGCAGCAGCAGGGGUCUGAGCUGAAGAGGAACCAGGUGAAGGGGAAGAACGUUGCAGCGCUGAUGAAGAGGUUUGAGCAGUAA